AAAUUUUAAUGAAUAAAAAAAUAAAAUAAAAGGGAGAAAAUUAGAAAAAGAGGGGUUCGCUGAGACUUGAAGUAUCAUCGACAUCGUGCAUGCAAUUUUAUUUUUCCCAAGGACCAAACUCUUUCUCUCUCUUCUCCCUUUGGUUUUCUUUUCUUCUCUCUCUGUUUGCUUUGCUUUGCUUUGCAUGCACAUGAUUUGUUCGCUCUCUCUCACCAUCGCCGAUUCAACUCUUCCCUCAUCGGAACUCACCGUUUGGUCCCUCUUUCUUUGUCGAUUCUCUCCGAUAAGUUCUUUUCAAACGCCGUCAGCUCAAAGUCUUAAAUAGUUCAAAAAAAAUCAACAUGUUUUCCUUUGGCUGUGAUAUUCAACGUCGGUGAAACGGAAGCUUUUUCAUCUUCUUCGAAAGGAAUUAAGGUUGGAGCAUGGCGUCAAAGAAUUGCAUGAAUGGACUGUGCGGCGCGUCCACGUCGAUUGAGUGGAGAAAAGGCUGGACUUUGCGAUCUGGAGAUUUUGCUAAUCUCUGCGAUAAGUGCGGGUCUGCAUAUGAGCAAUCGAUAUUCUGUGAUGUGUUCCACUCAAAGGAUUCUGGGUGGAGGGAAUGCAGUUCAUGUGCCAAGCGUCUUCAUUGUGGAUGUAUUGCUUCAAGGAGCUUGCUUGAGCUUCUUGAUAGUGGGGGCAUCAACUGUGCAAGCUGUGCUAAAACGUCAGGAUUUAACCCUAUGAUUGAAGAUGAAAAACCUAAUGGAUUUGGGUUAGUAAAGGGUGAUGCCGGUCAAUUGCACUCAAUCUCCACAGACAAUCAGUUGAGUGGUGUCAACAUACAAAACCUAAAGCUUAUGCAGUUGAGCAACAAUGCAGAAGGCAUUGGGCUGAGACAAUUGCUUCAGCUUCAAAAUGAUAACUCCGGUGGGUCUUUGGGGCAAAUGAAACAGGAGGAAAUUUUGCCUCCUGCAAGAGAAAUUGGAAGCACAUGCUUGUCAAAUAUUAAUCAAUCAUCUAAUGGAUCUGUUCAUGCUGUGAAACCUACCAUUUGUAAAGCUAAUAUCUUUGAGUCACUGCCACAAACAAACUUGAGUAUUUCUUUGGGUGGUUCAUUAGGGAACCAAGAUGUCUUUCCUGCUUCAGUUGUAGAUGAAAAGGGUAAGAUGUCUUCAGUCUUGCAACAGUCAUCUAAAUCUCGCCAUCUUCUGCCCAAGCCUCCAAAGUCAGUCCUUGCAGCAGGUUUGGAGGUGAAUGCAAGCAUGGUACCCCAGAUACGUGUUGCUAGGCCCCCUGCAGAGGGACGUGGACGGAAUCAACUGCUUCCUCGUUAUUGGCCCAGGAUAACAGACCAAGAAUUACAGCAAAUUUCUGGAGACUCCAAUUCCACUAUUGUUCCACUGUUUGAAAAGGUUCUGAGCGCAAGUGACGCUGGACGGAUUGGUCGUUUAGUUCUGCCAAAAGCUUGUGCCGAAGAAUUUUUUCCCCCCAUAUCUCAACCAGAGGGCCUUCCUCUGAGAAUCCAAGACGUGAAGGGAAAAGAAUGGGUGUUUCAGUUCAGAUUCUGGCCAAAUAACAACAGCAGGAUGUAUGUUUUGGAGGGUGUGACUCCUUGCAUACAGUCUAUGCAGUUGCAAGCUGGAGAUACUGUAACAUUUAGCCGUAUGGAUCCAGAAGGGAAGCUUGUUAUGGGGUUCCGUAAAGCAACAAACACUGCUACUGUGCAGGAAACCCUACCAUCUGCCAUUCCUAAUGGCACUCUUUCAAGUGCAAGUUUCUUUUCGGGUGCUUUUGAGAACCUGCCCAUAAUUAGUGGUUACUCUGGCCUUCUUCAGUCACUGAAGGGAAGCACUGAUCCUCACCUGAAUGCACUGUCCAAACAUUUAAGUUCAGCUAGUGGUGAUAUUAGCUGGCAUAAAUCUGAUAAGCAUGAGGAUAGGACAAGGGAGGGCUUAUUACUACAAUCUAUGAUAGCUCCAGAGAGAAAAAGAACUCGGAACAUUGGAUCCAAAAGCAAGAGGUUGCUGAUUGACAGCCAAGAUGCUUUGGAGCUGAAACUUACUUGGGAAGAGGCACAGGAUUUGCUCCGCCCACCCCCAAGUAUCAAGCCAAGUGUUGUCACGAUUGAGGAUCAUGAUUUUGAAGAAUAUGAAGAACCUCCAGUUUUUGGGAAGAGGAGCAUCUUUGCAGUACGUUCUACUGGGGGACAAGAGCAAUGGGCUCAGUGUGAUAGUUGUUCUAAAUGGAGAAGGUUGCCUGUUGAUGAUCUUCUUCCACCUAAGUGGACAUGUGCAGACAACAACUGGGAUCAAAGCAGGUCUUCAUGUUCUGCACCAGAUGAACUCACCCCAAGAGAGCUAGAAAAUCUCCUUAAACUAAAUAAAGAUUUCAAGAAAAGGAGAAUAGUAGCGUUCCAUAGGCCAUCCCAGGAGCAUGAAUCAUCUGGUUUGGAUGCUUUGGCUAAUGCUGCAAUCCUCGGAGACAAUGUAGAUAGUUUAGGUAAUACGACAGUGGCAACUACAACUAAACACCCAAGGCAUCGACCUGGUUGCUCUUGCAUUGUGUGCAUCCAGCCUCCUAGUGGGAAGGGAAAACAUAAGCCCACAUGCACAUGUAAUGUGUGCAUGACAGUUAAACGUCGAUUUAAAACCCUCAUGAUGCGCAAGAAAAAGCGUCAGUCAGAGCGUGAAGCAGAGAUUGCUCAGAGGAAUCAGCAUGCAUGGGGCGCCAAAGAAGAAGCAGAAGUAGACAGCAGCUCUAAACAUGCACCUUCACACCUCAAUCCUUCUGAGAAUGAAGCAAGGACAGUUAAUGAGCUAGAACCCAAGGGCCAGAGCAACAAUCUGGCCCCCAAAUUGGUUGAAGCUAACAAGGGACAGAUAGACUUGAACUGCGAUCCUGAUCGUGAGGAGGAUUUGCAAUUAGGUUCCACCUGUCCGAGCAUGAUGAAUCUUCUCCAAGUAGCAAGCCUUCCAUUGGAGACUUACUUGAAGGAGAAUGGUCUUACAAGUUUGGUAUCUGACCAGGAAACAAACUCGGUAUCACAUGCUCCACCACAGACCGUCAAUGCCGGGAGUGAGGCACAAGAUAAUAGCUGUUUCCCUUCUGGUACUGAAGAGCGCGAGAGUAGGGACGAAGAAAAUGGUGAAACUGGAUCAGAUAACGAGAACGAUGCUUAAUGAACUUCCUCUUCCUUUGUUUUUUUAUGUUCUUUUUAACCCGUUGCUUUUCUUACAAUUUUUACUCAAAGAAGACCCACAGACAUGGCUGGUCAUUAUUACAUGACAUGUAUACAACAAAUACAAUGAAAUAUCUAGAAUAUAUCUAGGUUCCAGAGCCUGCCCU